UGGUAGCUAGAAAUUGCGAAGCAUUUCAUUGCAUCAAAUAUAGAAAUACUUUUCUAAGCUUAAUUCAUUGUGCAAAAUGGUGGUUAAAGUGUAUGGUGCGACCUAUGCAGCUUGCCCACAAAGGGUUUUGACUUGCCUUUUUGAGUUAGGCUUUCAAUUUGAGCUUGUACCAAUUGAUCUUCAAUCAGCAGAGCAGAAAAAGCCACAAUUUCUAUUAAGACAGGUGAUUCUUUUUUUUUUCUUUUUUUUUUAAUGAUAGACAGGGAGUAUUAUUUUACCUAUAAAUGACUUUUUUUUGAAGGAUUACAUAUGACUGACUUAUUUAUAUAAGAAUGUCAAUUUGAAGUACAACAUGAUUGACCUAAUAAAUAAAAAAAAGCUCAUCGUCGUGUCGCGUUUAUACAUAGAUCACCUUACUCAUAUGUAAUUCUUGCUUUUAUGGAAUCUCACAUGAACAGAAUUUUAUUCGAUUUAAUUAUUCGCACAUUUUUUCAUUAACUUUAUAAUCAAACAAUUGUUCCUCGUAAUUUGCAGCCCUUCGGACAAGUUCCUGCGAUAGAGGAUGGAGAUUUCAAACUCUUCGCGCAAAAAUAAACAUAAAUUUUGGGUUACAAAAUCCAUUGGGAGCGCAGAGUCGAGGGCAAUAAUCAGGUACUACGCAGCAAAAAGCAUAAGCCAAGGUGGCACAAAUAUAUUGGGCGACACAUUGGAAGAGAGAGCCUUGGUGGAGCAAUGGGUGGAAGUAGAAGUGAACAACUAUAAUCCAUUGAUUUACACAAUGGUCCUCCAACUUGUGAUAUUGCCCCAACAGGGACAAGUGGGCGACAUGGAAUUAGUCCGCGAUUGCAAGGGUAAAUUGGAGAAAGUGCUCGACGUGUACGAGGACAGGCUGUCGAAGAGCAAAUAUUUGGGUGGGGAGAGGUUCACCAUAGCUGAUAUGACCCACCUACCAAACACAAGGUUUCUGAUGGAGGAAGGAGGAAUGGAGGAUUUGAUCAAACGGAGGAAAAAUCUCCACAAUUGGUGGAUAGAUAUUUCCAGCCGUCCAUCAUGGCAAAAGGUCAUGGACCUCCGAAAUUAAAUUAAUCGCUCCUCCUUUUUCUUAAUGCCUGUUUCCACUAUUUUGUAAUAUUUCUUAUUCAAAUGAACUACUAAAAAAAUUCUAUUAUUAAGUCAA